AUGCCUGAGGGGGGUGGAGCGACGGCGACAUUGGAUAGCGUGACUGUUGCCGACGGCGCCGACGAACUCGACCGCGGUCUGGAGGAGGCGGCGGUGACGGCCGAGCGCGCCGCGCCGUCGGAGCUCCCUGGAGGAGCCGACUCCGGGUUGCUGACGUCGCUGCUGGACGCGGCCAGUGAUGUGCAGGACGAGGUUCGUGCGUCCGUCAGCACUGCCAUCUUCACACUAGGCAGGAGCAAGCCGUACGAUGUGCUGCUCACUGUCUUCAACUACCUCACGUCCGACCGGCCGAAGGGCUUCAUGCAGCGCAUCUGCGUUCUGCAAGCUGUCGAGGAGAUCUGCCGGGACGUGGGUGCCGAGCUCGACGACCACGAGGUCAUGGAAAUCGCUCCGCUCAUCGUCAACGAGAUGGUCAGCAGCAAGGAGGUGAUCCCGCAGAUCCAGGCUCCCUGCUCGGAGGCACUGGUGGGACUCGGCCAAAACCACUGUUUCCAGGUGAUGGAGAUCCUGACCACCAAGCUGGAGACGUCGCAGCUGCCGCACUUCUUCACUCUGCAGACAAUGGGCUCGCUGGCCACCUCCAACGUGUACACCAUGGUGCCCUUUCUUAAGGGCAUCCUGGGACCCAUGCAGCCCAUGCUGAACAUGGUGAAGCAAGAUAACCUCAAGUGGGCGUUCGCCUUCGUAAUCGCCAGGUUUUGCGAGUGCAUCACCGAAUACCUGGCGAACAUCGACAAGGCGCCCGACCCCCUGGUCAAGAAGGAGUUCUACUCGACCGAAGUUAAUUCGGCGUUCGACGUGCUCUUCAACUCGUGGCUCACGUCCAAAGACUCCAAGGUGCGCCUUCAGGUGGCUGAGGCUAUCGGCCAGAUGGCGCACAUCCUGGACACGGACAAGCUGUCUGACUCGCUGCCCAAGCUGCUGCCGGCGCUGCUGCAGCUGUACAAGCGGCACCCGGAGCCCUACCCGGUCACAUGCGCACUGGCCAUGGUGCUCGACGCCAGCCUCAUCACCGGCAAACACGUGCUGGAGCUGCACAUGGAGGCCAUGCUGAACGCCCUGUUCCAGCAGGUGUGCGCCGUCCCCGACUAUACGAUGCCGCUGACUGUGAAGAAUCAUUACGAAGUGCUGCGCUGCUGUGAUACCCUGGGCCGGCUGGCGCACAGUUCGGACCGCGUGCGCACGGGUAGUCUGACCGUGCUCAAGCACCUGAUCAACGCGUCCGAGUUCGAGCUGGCGCAGAAGGUGCCAGACAUUGAGGCCGGCCUCCGGCUGCUGCUCAACGAUCCGUCCAACAAGGUGAAGAAGGCGCUGACGCAGGUGAUCGUCGCCCUGGCCCACCGCGGCUUCCUGACGCAGCAGGACGGCCCCGUCUUCAUCGAGUUCAUCGUGCGCCAGUGCUGCCUGGCCGACGACCCGCCGACGAAGCGGCCAGUGGAGGCCGAGGUGACGGCCGAGUCACUGCGCGCCAUGUGUGAGAAUGUGCUCCACCUGCUGAGCACCACCGUCGAGCCGAUGCUGCCGUUGCUCUGGCCGCACCUUCUUGAGUACGUGGUGCCCGAGUACGCCGGCGCGCUGCCCACUGUCAUCAAGUGCGCCGCCCAGCUGGCCGGCCGCGCGCGUCGCAUGCAGCCCGAGCCAGACAUAUACGCCAACAACCCGAACCUGCAUCAGCCGGCCACGCUGCUGUCGUACAUGGUGGUGUGGCUGGGCUGUCCUGAGCCGGGCGGCCGCGGCCAGCACGCGCUCCAGCUGAUGGACGGCCUGGUCAACCAGAUCAACACCGGCCUGGCCGAGCUGUGGGACCUGCGGCUGCCGGAGCUAACCGACAAACUCAACGAGAACUACGACGGCCGGCACGGGCGUGACUGGGAGCUGGCCGUGCUCUCCUUCCUGCGCGAGUCGCUGGUGGCCGUCGACAACCAGGAGUGGGUCGACCAAGUGGGCACGCUGGGCCGGUACUCGCCGCUGCGCACGGCCGCCACAUCGGCGCUGAUGAUCCGCCCCGCCCCUCCUCUGGCCACGCCCGUCCUGCCGCCGGCGCGCCGACAGAUGGCGUCGGCCGAUGCCGGCGCUGCCAUGGCCGGCCACCUGAACUCUCCGCUGUAUGUCGACCGACCGCGCGAGCGGGCCUUCCUCAUGCGCUGCAUGGCCGCGAGCGUAUGCCGCCAGCAGCAUAAGAAGCUGGUGUGCGCCCACAUCGACGCCAUUUUCGCCGCGGUCCGGCAUACGGAGCCGUGUGAGAGACAGGGGUGCGCGCUGGCGCUUGGCCUGGUCUCGUCCGUGCACCUGGACCCUGUGCUGGCCAAACUGGACCAGGUGGCGCGCGCCGAGCUCACCAAGAAGCCCACCGGCCUGCUGGGCCUGAUGAAGGACACCAAGGGCGAGGCGGCCCAGGAGCGGAUGCGGGCCACAGUGAUCCUGUGCUACGGCCAGGUGGCCAUGAUGGCGCCACAGCACCUGCUGCUGGAGCGGUUCGAGGUGCCCGUGUUCCGCGACCUGCAGACCUUCCUGCCUACAUGCAAGACGGCCGAGGUGCGCCGAGCUCUGGUGGAGACGUCCGGCGAGCUGGCCCGGGCCCUGCACCCGGACCGGCUCAAGGAGCGCUACCGGUUCCGCGGCCGCGACCAGCUGCUGCAGUUCACGCUGUCGGCGCUGCGCGUGGAGCACGAGCUGGACGUGGUGCACCUGAUCCUGGCCACGGCCACAGCGCUCGUGUCGCUGGAGCCGGCGCUCUCCACCGAGGACCGCACGCGCAUGCUGCAGACGGUGUUCGAGGCGGUGUACCCGGUGCGGCGUGAGCUGCCGCAGGACCACCAGUCCACCGUCCAGUACCAGAUCCACAGGAAGAUCGUCUCCGAGCUGGACCGGCUGGUCUGCACGCUGCUGCUGCGAGACGUCACGCCGGCCGUGCUGGACGACCUGGUGACGUCACUGGUGCCCUGGGUGACGUCACAGGCGGCGCACGAGCGGGCCCACAGCAUGUCGACGCUGGGCAUGGUGCUGCAGGCAUACCUGGACAACGUCCAAGUUGGCGAGGGUAAUCCGGUCAGCUUCUGCGUGGGUGGCCAGCUGCUGGCCACGCUGGUGCCGCGAUGUGUGGACCCAGAGCUCACCAUUCGGCCCAUUGCCGUCGAUGCUGUCCACACCGUGCUUAAAAUCGUGUCGCGGUACGAGGGCAACCAGUGGGACAUGGAGGCGAUGAAGGAGCUGCGGGAGAGGCUGCUGAACGCCGAGGAGAGCAACCUCAAGCAGGACAUGGCCACGCUGUCGCAGAUCCUGAGCGAGAAGGUCAGCUCGAGCCAGCUGCGGCCGUUCUUCGAGACGCUGCUGCCGGGCCUGGUGGACCGGCACGCCACCAGCUCGCUCGGCGCCGCCGUCGCCACCACCGUCCUGCUGCGCAUGCGCGGCGCCGAGUUUUACCAGCACGUGCCGGAGGUGCUCCACGGCUUGCACACCAAGCUGGCGGAGAUUUCGCACUCCGAGACGCGCCAGGAGACCCUGUGCGCCGUGCAGACGCUCUCGUCGCACCACAUCGUGGCCGUGACGUCGGCACUGCUCGCCUACCCGCUGCCUUACGACGAUCACGUGGUGGACUGCUGGCGCGUGAUAGGCCGCGACCCGCGCCUCUCGAGCAACAUCCUGCAGCAGUUCAUGGAGCUGGUCAGCUCGUCGGCGCCGUACGAGGAGCAGCGUGACCCGGGCCGCGACCAGCCCGUGCGCAUCGCCAUGCUGCAGCCGCUAUGUGCUAUCAGUGCCAUGACGGAGAUGUUCGCGCUGCCGGAGGUCGCCGAGUCGUGUGCGCCCGACGUACCGCAGCUGCUGGCGCGUCUGCUGUUGGCGCAGGCCGCUUACGUCGGCGUCUUCCCGCCCGUCUCCGGGGCCGCCGUCAAAAACCAGCCGGCCCACUCGUUCGUGCCCAACCGCGGUGCCUACAAGCUGAGCCCCUUCAGGAUCGCUAGUGAGGCGCUACUGGCUUUCCUGCGCUGCGUGCAGCUGAAUGAGCUCGCCGAAGUGAUGACGUCACGCACAGAGCCGCUGGAGGACCUCGGCCGCUAUUCAGAAUUCGUUAUUGCCAUGUCAAGCACGGUGGUGACUCAAAGUCCGCACUUGAUGGCGCCUCUGGUCAGAUGUCUGGCUUCCGACCUCUCCAGCAUGUACGAGGCCCAGAGGAUCGCCGCCGUCGCCUUCUACGGAGAGCUGGUGCGGCACCGGUGCGCCGGCAGCGUGCCGCUGAUCGAGACGCUGCUCAACAGCCUUGUGUCGCGUCUGAUCGACUCGUCGCCGGUGGUGCGCCGACUUUGUCUGCUGGGGCUCGGCCACAUCAGCUGCCUGGGACACCCGGGGGGCUUCGGUGUGGAUUACACGCAGCUGGUGGACCUGUUCGCGCAGCAAGUGAUGUCGGCCAUGCUGGGCGGCCUGGACGACCGCGAGGACGUGGGCGGCAGCAUCCCACUGCAGGCGAUGACGGCCCUGGCCGGCGUGCUGCGCGUCGUCUCGGAGCAGCAGGUCCAGCACACGCUCAUCCCCAUCACCAUACGGAUACGGGUCUACUUCGAAAGUGAGUCGUUGGCGCUGCGAUCGACGUCGUUUGGCCUGUUCGGCGCCUGCUCAGCCUUCUGCCAGGGCCCACUGCGCGACCAGUACAUGGAGCAGACGCACAACAACCUGAUCUCGCUGCUGAUCCACCUCAACGACCCCGAGCCGGACGUGGUGCUGGCGUGCAAGACCAGUCUGCGGCAGGUGGGGCCGCUUCUCGAGGCGCGGGCAAUCAAUGCCAUGUUCCAGAAGCACCUGAUCGAUGAGGGCAAACUGCAGUACGCCAACUUCGUCAGUGAUCUCUCCAAACUGAUGGUGCAGGAGCUGGAGCCCAAGCUGCACAUGUACAUUAUGAGUCUGCUGGCGCACUUCCGGUCUGGAUGGACGGAGCUGAAGGGCACUGCGGCGCUGUUGGUCGCGUUCCUGCUCUGCAACCUGCCGACCGAGCACCGCCAGAAUGUGAAGGUGCAGCCCGUCUGCUCGGGCCUCAAGAAGCUGCUGCAAGACCCCGACUGGCACGUGCGCUCGCAGGCGGCCAAGGCCAUCUCCCUACUGCACGACUACUGAGGCCGCCCGGCGUCCGCCGCCGGGGCUGGUGGUGCAGGACGGCGCUGGUGCACGGCAGCGCAGACGGCUCCGCCGC